AUGUUACAACGUCAUCAUCAGCAACCCUUAAAUAUAGGUACCUUCGCACUACCAUGCCUCUCUCUUUCUUUCCACCAAUCACUAAUCACCAAUAAACCAAUCGUUCACAACGGAACAGAUAGACUAUCACAACUAUCACCAACAACACUAUCUCCAUUAACUGUUACCACAGUAGGGAGUACUACAUUGGGUAUUAUACUAAAAUUCACUCCCAGUAAUAUUACUGCUGGUGAUAAGCAUAUAGUUAGUGAAGUUUUAAGAGAGCAGAAGGAAAGACUUGCAGGUGAAGCUAAGGUCAUUAGUGAAAAUCUGUCCAAAUUGAAAGCAGACAAAAGUUUGACCGAUGAAGAACGAAAGGCUCAAAUUGAUUAUAAUACCGAGCAAUAUAAUAAAUUAAUUGGUGCAGGUUCAAAAUGGAAAGAAAAGUCGAAAGAAGAAGAACAGAGAUUGUAA